UUCUCCUUCUUUCCAUACAAGAAACCCUUCCUCCUUCCCUCCGCCAAGCCCCAGCCAAACUGCCCGUGCGUACAGAGAAGAGUGAAACUGCGAGCCGCGAACGAUGAACGUAGCUCCGAAGCUCAUAUUCCUUUUUAAUGACGCCGAUGGCUUCGGCGUCUCGAUCUUACGCGCCCUUCAGCCAAGCCCUAAUUCAUCUCUUCGAAGACUAGAGGAAUCGUUUGAGCUGCCUCUGGAGCGGUACGGUAUCAGAGAUCGCAAAGCGUCCGGCGAUAUCGUCCACUUCGUCGACCACGAUGGCCAUUGUCAGGUUACUGUGUUACUCUUGCAAAAUUAUGAGCCUCCAAUUUUGGUAUGUGCCGUUAGUGAAGUUCUGGCAUCAAUAAAAGGAGAAAGUUCGUCUUUCAUUCCCACAAUUAUCUUGCCAUGUUUUAUAGCGGCGUCUAAGCUCAAGGUGGAAAAGAAAUAUACUGUGACAAGUGACAAAGUUGCACUUUAUAGUGCGCAAAUAGGUCCAGAAACAGAUAUAACUCAGGCCAUGGUUGCGAAAACUCAGAAGCCACCGUCAUCACUUCAAAUUCAUCAUGAACCUUUGGCAUGCUUUCUUCAGUUGAUCCGGGUCAUGAAACUGCCAACAUGUGUUCUCAUUGGACAGAGUGGCAAUAGCCAAUCCCAAAAGAAUUCAGAAGAAGAACUUGAGGUAAUCUAUGAGAUGGCAGAGCUUUUGGCAAGCAUCUCUUCCUUGUGCUUUUUAAGAGAGAGAAUAACAUGGAAACCAAGUAAGACAUCCAAGGAUAACAAGGAACCAUGGCGUGCACUGUAUGGUUGAGUCCAAGGCGUUUGGGAGUAUGCUUGUCUGAUCAAAUUGGUUGACACAUUGGUAAAAUUCCUUUUGAGUCCUCGUCAUGUUGUUCACACUUUUAACAGUUUUGUAGAAAGGGACCAUGCUUAAGUGGCAAUCAACUGACUGAAAUUGAUUAUUGUUCCUUAAUACAACAGAAAAAUGAACUACUUGACAAUUUUCUUUUUCUUUUCAGAGUCUCUCACAAGAUGCUCUCUGCCGGGAAUUGCAGUCCUUAUUUGAAGUUUUUCCUAUUUAAAUUGUCUGUACCUUUUUUGUGGAUAUUGCUGACAAUAUAUUCUAAUUGGAAAUGCUGUUU